UUUGAAAUAGUAUGAAAGGUAUUUUCCCUGUUAAAUACCAAGCUUAGCUUUGGAUUCUAUAAUUCUGUUAUAGAUAGAAAUUGCCGUCUCUUCUGUUGCUUUUUUUUUCUUUUUAUGGAGGUCGACCAGCCAGCCAAAUUCGUCUUGCCGUGUGUGAUUCUUAAAACGUGUACUUUGGUCUCUUUUACUUUUUUUGGGAUUUAGAAAGCUUUCAUUGAUGGAUCCAGAAGAUCCUUCGUAUGUAGAAGACUUUGAGAGUGUUUACACUGGUCGAAAUGCCAUUCUUUUUGUAGUAGAGGUUUCGCCGAGUAUGCUAGAGCCUGUGGAUGAGUUUACUCCUUGCUCACUGCAGAUGGCUCUCAUUUGUGCAUAUCAAUUGGCAGCUCAAAGGGUGAUUACCAACCCAAACGAUGUGAUGGGGGUUCUGUUAUAUGGUACUGAAUCCUCUACUGGCAGGUUUGAAAACCAACAAAUCCUUUUGGACUUAGAUCCUCCAGACGCCGAGCGCCUUAAAAGCUUACAGACAUAUGAAAAAGAAUUCGACUCCUACAAAAAAAAUUUUAAGCCUUGCUCUUCCCAAAUAUCUCUGUCUAGUGUUCUUUACCAUGCAAGUGUUCUUUUCACCACCAAAGCUCAGAAAUAUGAAAAGCGCCUUUUCCUAAUCACCGAUAAUGAUCACCCUGCUUGGAACGAAACGGAAAAAGGAAUCAUUCUUCAGAGAGCCCAGGAUUUGAAGGAUUUGGAUGUGCAAGUGAAUCCGAUUUUUUUGGACCCUCCUACUCAUUCUUUCCGAAUGAAUAUUUUUUAUUCAGACUUUCUAUACAUCGUUUAUAAUCAUCAAGAUGUUUCCAAUUUGGUCAGUCGUGGUCAAUCACAGCUACAAAACAUGCUUAAUAUGAUAACUGCUCUGCAAAAACCAAAACGAGCGCACUUCCAUUUGGAAAUGGAUUUGGGAAAGAACGUGAGAAUUGAAAUUCAAGGAUAUAUUUUAUUAAAGAGAUUAGAAUCCGUGAAAACUAGUUGGGUUUAUGCCAAAGGAGAGCGCUUGGCAAUUGCUAUUCCUCAAAGUAAACAGGUAAGCUUUGACACAAAGAAGGAACUGAAAAGGUCGGACAUCAAAAGAUCCUUUACUUAUGGUGGGUCUUCCGUAGUAUUUGAUCCAGAAGAUUUGGAUGAAAUUCGAUCCUUCGGACCUCCUGUUUUACGGAUUAUAGGAUUUCGCGAUGCUUCCACCCUAAAACCUUGGCAUUCUCUAAAACCUGCCGUUUUUAUUAGACCGAUAGAGAACAAAAUUCGAGGAGGAGGAGCCGUAUUUGCAGCAUUACAUAAGAAACUUCUUCAUUCUAACAAAAUUGGGAUUGCUUGGUUUAUUGCACGACCAAAUUCAAAUCCUUGUUUCGUGGCUAUGAUUCCAACCGGUACAUCAACACAUAUUCGAAAAGACUUUGAGCUACCAGUUGGGAUUUUUCUACUUCAAUUGCCAUCUGCCGACGACAUUCGGAGCCUUCCUGGUAAUCCCAAUCCUAAUUCUCUUCCACCAAAUUCAAUUGAGACUAUGCAAAAUGUUUUACGAGGGAUGGAACUUAGGGCUUACGAGCCAGGAAGGUACAAUAACCCUUCUUUGCAAUGGCACUACAAGGUGUUACAAGCAUUAGCCCUUGAUGAUGAGAUUCCAACCGACUUUGUUGAUACGACUUUACCCAAAUACAGAGCUAUACAGAAGAGAGUUGGAGAUCACAUUCGAGAAUUUAAUGAGAUUAUUAGCUCGAGCAAUAAUAUCGUUCCGAUAAAACAUGACGAAGAUGAAAUGGAUUCAGUCACCCCACUAAAACGAAAACGCGAAGAAAGUAUAGAGCAGUCAUUUGCGUUGGAUGAUUCUCAGUUAAAAAGCAUGCAUGAAACUGGAUCAUUGGAAAAAGAUCUAAAGACUCUGAAGGUUCCUCAAUUAAAAAGUAUUUUACGAGACAGAAGUUUACGGUCUACUGGAAAAAAGGCAGAUUUGAUUACGAAUCUUGUUGCUUACAUUGAAAGAUUAUAAUUUGUAUCGACUCUACACAUGCUUUUCCUAAUGUAUAAUAAUUAUUCGAUCAAUGAUUUUAAUGAUAUAAAAUCUUAUGGAAUUUUUCUACUUUUCAUUGACAACAGAAUAACUCUACAUGAUCAAUCGACCAAUCUCAGUCCAUUGUAGCGCUUC